AACGCAAGAACCCUAGAAAUUGACCUAGAACCACAUUUUUUAUGAUCGAGAGCUAGGGUUUUCUGAUCGCGGUGAUCUGGUGGAAGCGAUGUCGAUUUUCACCUACAAUGGCAGCGCCUUGGUUGCGAUGGUCGGAAAGGAUUGCUUUGCCAUAGCCAGUGAUCGCCGGCUUGGUGUGAAUUUCCAGACGAUAGCUACGGAUUUUCAGCGCAUUUUCAAGAUCCAUGACAAGCUCUAUGUCGGAUUAGCAGGGCUUGCUUCCGACGUCCAGACUCUCUACCAACGAUUGAAGUAUCGACACAACCUCUUCCAGUUGCAGGAGGAACGAGAUAUGCGACCAGAAACCUUCUCGAAUUUUGUCUCUGCAACACUCUACGAGAAGAGAUUUGGUCCCUACUUCGUUCAGCCUCUCAUUGCUGGGCUCGGAGCAGACAACAAGCCUUACAUCUGCACGAUGGACUCUAUCGGAGCAAUCGAGCAUUCCAAGGACUUCGUAGUCGGGGGCACUGCGUCUGAAUCCUUGUAUGGUGCUUGCGAGUCUAUGUACAAGCCCGACAUGGAGCCUGAAGACCUUUUUGAAACGAUCUCACAAGCGCUGAUCUCCUCGGUUGAUCGUGACUGUCUGAGCGGCUGGGGAGGAAUCGUCUACGUUGUGACCCCCGACCAGGUAAUCGUAAGAACACUCAAAGGCCGCAUGGAUUAGGACUAUGGUGCUUUCAGUUUGUUUAUACUGGGCACUUGGAACAUUUGGUCAGUGCUUGUUAUCCAUUGCAGUUUUACUUAACCGGUCCCUUGUCUUGCA